AUGGAAGAACUCCAAGAAACACCGGUAGGAUUUCGCUUUCACCCAACUGAUGAAGAGCUAGUGUUCUAUUACCUUGAGAGGAGAGUGAAUGGAGAGCCACUGCCUCCCAACGUUGUCACCGACUGUGAAAUGUACGGCGACAAAGAGCCAUGGAAGAUUUUCGACAAAGACUCGAAUGAACGUUUCUAUGUCUUCACCAAGCUGAAAAGGAGGAGCAGGGGAAGGAUUGAAAGGGCUGUUGGGUGCGGUACGUGGAAAGGUCAAAACAAGAAAAAGAUCAUGGAUGGUGACAAACAUGUUGGGUACAAAAAAAUGCUCGUAUUCGAAGCCAAGGAGCAGGAGGGCCCCGCUAACGGCCACUGGAUCAUGCACGAAUUUUCUUUGCUGGAGGAAAAAGUAAGUAAGUAA